ACAAUUUCACGUGAAUGCUUCAUUGAUGCUUUCACGUGAAUGCUUCAUCGAUGCUUUCACGUGAAUGAUUCAUCGAUGCUUUCAUGUGAAUGAUUCAUCGAUGCUUUCAUGUGAAUGAUUCAUCGAUCCUUACAUGUGAAUGCUUCUUUGCUACUGCGGUCAUGAUAAAAGGGGCCCACGGCUUGAGAUUUUACUCCCAAUGUCCAAUUUUAGUCACACCGGUCAACACGGACCAGGUUUUCGGUUGAUCCAUUUUGCACUUCGCCCACUCAUAACCGGGAUAUGUCCUUCAUCACGCAUCUCUGAUGGAGUCCUCAAAGAAACUGAUCAUCCUCUGCGAUGGCAUGUGGUGUGGCAGGAAAGCAAAGACGGAGACCAAUGUUCAUUUGCUCGCCCAAUAUAUUGGUAUCGACCUGGAACAUGGCAAAUUUGUCCUAGAUAACCAGGAGAAUGACAACAUCGCUCGUUAUUUCGAUGGAAUCGGUCUAGGGAACGUUUUCCUGGAUUACGCCUUCAACGAGUCCACAUACAGCAGUAUUGAGAUAUCUCGCAAAGAGGUCUACCGAUACAUUGUCGAUAACUUCGCGGAGCAUCAGGAAGUUUGGAUGUUCGGGCUAGGAACGGGGGCGUCCGUUGUUCGUCGUGUUGCUAGCAUGAUCAGCGAAUUUGGUAUCAUCAAAAAAGGCGAGUCUGACUAUCAGACAACCGAGCAUUGCGAGUAUGUUGAAUCGCUGCUCAAAGCCCCCUUAUGGGAGUCGGUACUAUUGUCGGACGAACGGAGCAAGUUCAAGGCCAAGUACACCUGGCAGGUUUCAAAACCCAUCAAAUUCGUAGGCCUCAUCGACAUGAGCUGUCGUAUGCGACUACCUUACCUGAACCGCUUGCUAGGGUCCGGAGAGUCCCAAUCCCGGGACAACAACUGGUUUGACGCAGUCGACGCAAUCUACCAUGCCAUGGCAAUGCAUGAGAGACUCAUGCUUAUCGAGCAGUGCUUUGAGGAACAGCCGAAAAACGCUACACAGUCAACAUGGAAAGAUUCAUUGCCCCGCAUCUAUGAAAGAUGGUUCCCUGGAACGCAUUACGAUGUGGGAAGGCAGAAAAUUAGAUUAGGGCAAGGGAUCAGAAAGGCAAACAGCUUGCGCUCCUUGGUCUUGGACACGCUGUGGCGAACGGUUCAUCCAAACCAAAUACUUUCCGAUUUGGUUCUGAGAUGGAUGUUGGAGAGCAUUCGUAUGGAAGACAAGACGGGAACAGUUGUGCGAGAUUUGGAUAGAAAGAUUUUUAAGAUCGACCAAAGACUUACCAGUGGGCUUCUAUCAACAGGUUCUGGCGAUAUACGAGACUCGAUUGUGGAGUAUGUUCUGCCAGGGUAUCAACUAGCCUACCUGAAUAACUGGCUGUACCGAAAACCCGCCGCCGCCGUCAUUGGGAGCACGAUUGUGCGCACAGAAGAGCGUCAAAUCUUGGACCUUAAAGCUGAGUCAUAUGAUUACAAAAGACCUAUCGACCAAUCAGGCGCAACAAUUGAACAACUGGCGAAUAUGUCUUCAAGGAGAUACCCCUCGCAAACGUAUGAGGACUUUCAGUAUCGUCGGUUUGCCGCGAGCGUGAUCAAUUUAGCAACUUACCAAUGUCUUGUCGGGAAGGAAGAACCCAAGGAAAUUGGUAUUCCCGAGAGUUCGGAGAGACGGAUUGUUAUGAGACUCAGUUGGGAAGGUCCAGAGUUCUUCAAGUCCGUCAAUGGGUCUAUUGAGGACGUCUUCACUAUCACGCGAGUGGAGCCUGGCAGCGACCGCUACAUUGCGAGGACAGUUCGAAUGUUCCUGGAAGAAUUCUAUGGUGAUUUUGGAAAAGCGUUACUAGACUGGGUGAAGAGAUUGUGUGUCUUCAAGCCCAGGGUCUCGAACGAGGGCAUUAAACAACAGGCACGGGUGGAGAGAAUUUCAACACACCCCGAGAAGCCCCCGACUGUCUUGGAAACCACGUUCAUCCAUGUCGUCAACACGCUGCAUUUGCACGUUGAUAAUGGCUCUGUCACUGCCCAAUUCGACGACGACCACUGCGCAUUCAUGUUUCCAGGAUCUUCCGAGUGGCUGGCAUCUUUGCUUCGGCCUGCGCUCUCUUGGGUAGCGACAGUAUUUCAAACUCCAAAAAGGGAAACAGAGAGUCUGAACUUAUCCAGCUGCCCCUUCAGCUAUUACACGGUAGGGCCACCAAAAUCCGUCCCGUUCAAGCCUGAAGAGAGUGAUUGCUCCUGCUGGCUCCAGUUAUUCCAGCAAGCUCGAAUCAUGGAAGCACCCCCGAAUUUGGACAUGAAGAUGGACGGACACCCAGGAGGACUGCAGAUCGACUUCGACACGUUGAUGGUCCUCGCUCGCGUUUCUUCUGGAGCUUGGUUUUACACUGACAAUGCCGUUAUCUUGACCGGACUUGAUUCAGCCUUGAUCCAAUGUGAGCCAGUUGCAAGUAAUCGUUGGCAUUUCUUGCGCGUUCCUGGAAGGCUUAUCGGCCCUAACGACAUUGAAACGGCUUUUCCAUACCUUCAACCCCUCAUUAGGGCUCCUGAACCCGAAAAUCCUCAUUACGACCCCAGCUACGAGCCAAUAUCUAAGUCAGAUGAAGAUGAUGACUCAGAUACCGAAGUAGAAUCAACCCCAGAACCAAUCCGAGAAUCAAUGCUAGCCGAAGCGACAGAGGAGGGGCCAGAGCAUGCAUCUACAGAAAAAGUAGGACAAGUGACAGAGCAGCCGCAAUAUGAGGCGAAAGCCUUCAAGUACCCUAGCGGAAAGGUGUAUGUGGGCUGGUGUGACGGCGCUCAGGCCGUCUUUAUUACCGGAGCAUUGGAGAGAAACAUUCUUGAAGCUGCAGGAAGAUUAUCCUCGGUCCCCCGGGUGACGAACUUAAAGGACGUCACGACUAUGACACGUUCCAACAAUAUUUCUAUUGGCGCUAAAUUUGGUUUCCUUGGAUCUGGUGGUGAUUUGAGAUGGGCUGUCGGAAGGGAGCAAACCUUCACAAUGCUCACUACUGGUACUAGAACAGCAAUACAGAUCGACCUCGAUGGAACAUUGAAUGCUGCAAGGAACACGCCAUAUAUCCUUUGGGACAACCGCGAAAAAAGGGCAUGGCUUCUUCCUGGGACCUGUGCUUUGCUCUUUGUGGCUCUGUGCUAUAUUGGACAACAGAGGUGGAACUUUCAACCUAAUAUCGCCUAUCCGACUAGCUCCACGAAUCCUGGAAAUGCGGCUACAGAGUGUAUUAAUGCAAAUGCGGAUAAUUUGAAAAUAUCCAAUGACAACAGACCGCAGUUAGAUUGGCCUUUCGCGCGCAUUAUCCAACAAGUCUGGGAGUCAAUGAGGGAUGUUCAUGACCAACUCGGCCGCCGUACGAAUGGCAACAAGUUCAUAAUGCAAGGAAACGUCUUUGGGUAUGACCUUUCCGAACUCCUCGGCCACGGCCAGGUGCAACUGCGUGGUCUUACGCGAAGGGUGGCAGGCAGAAAUCUUCGGAGCUGGGAGCAACUCGCUCGAUUCCCCCAAGUGAGUGUCAUCUUCUGCAACUAUCUCGGUCCAGUUAUCGAAUGCCAUUCGCAAUCCCCGUUCUGCGCUUGUACACCUCAUUGUCAGUCUAUCCCAGGAACCAGAGGAAGUCUGAGCUGUUUUCUUCCAGACUUUAAAGCCUUAUGCUUCGACUGGACUGACUAUACUGCGGUCAGGGGCUUUCCCAUCGAUGAGGAAAUUGAAUGGAUCCCGACGAAUCCGUUUCCGUUCGGUCACACCCAAAACUGUCUUGCGAAUGACAAAGGUCCAUGUGAUUGUUGCAAUGCUCUGGACCGACUUCAGACAAUUGUCUUGAAGAGGGAUCCGGGAAUUCGAGAUAGAGUGCGACAAUUCUUCGUGCGGCCCCUACCAAACUCUCUUAAGGGUGCAAACGACGUCCAUAUCAAGCCGACUUGGAUUGGAAGCCCCUAUGCGAUCCGAUUUGGCACUAUAAGUUAGUCCCACCAUUUCAAGAUUGGGGCAACCAAUCUAAAGUUUGCCAGCGCUAGCAGGGAGAGCGGCUGACCCGUUCUGGACAUACCCUUGCCAUGAACGUCUGGAAUGGAUGGCGAAUACAAUGAUCGUUUCUAAUGACAGUGAGUGGCACGCAGCUCUAGACAGCGUAGUGCCUUGUCAAGCAUAGCCACCAUCAUAUCUCUGCGCUACCAUGCCCAGCCCUUAUGAACAUGAAUCCAAACUCCUCAUGACCAUCAGAGGUCAAACGGAAGCAACUCUACGGCUCUAGAGAUUGCAGUGCUCAGUAAGGAGCCAUUCGUUAUAUGACCGCGUGACAGCUGUAUCACCAAAACAUGUCGAGCCUUUCCACCUUCGUAUAUGCUUACAACGACGGCGUUCUGCCAGUGACACUCAACCCACUCGCCGAAGCGCAGGCUCCGAUUUCCAGGGUCGCACACUCUAUCUUAUCUUAUAACCCUCCUAUCUCAUGGUAUUCCCCUUCAACGAGCUGAGACUAGCUCUCGGCUGCUGCUUGGUCUAGGAAUCGGCUAUGGUGGGCUCGAGAAGCAUGAGGACGCGGUGGGCUUGAUCAGGUCUUUCGUUCGGUCAGCGGGGAGAACAACGCCGACUUUCGGAGCUUAAGGGCGACGUGAUGGUAUGUCUCUAUGUUACGAAAGUAGGUAUCGCUGCGCGUUGUAGGAUAGCUGUGUCAGACAAACGCCGCGGCUGUACGGGUCUUGGCACUGCUCCCAAUCCUGAGUCGGAUUUACCGAGCGCUUGUGCAAUCCGCACGGCCACAGAUCUUACAAUAAAUUACUCGCAGACGAUGAGGUGAGACGUGUGGGGUUAUUAUAUAUUAGCCAAGAUUGGUGAUCGCUUCUACUAAAGGUACCAAACCAUGUGGCGACCUUGUAUAAAGUUACGCCCUGUAGCGUGCAUAAGGCUGAUAAUAACUUUCCUAGUAUUAAAAGAGAUUUUAAGGCUCAGGCAAGGCUUAUUUGCGAGAAUUUAAAGUAGUAAGAGCUUAAUAGUAGUGUUACAGGAAGGGAAGUCUGUUUUGCUAUAAAAGGAGGCGAACGUAAUUUUUAGUAAUAUCUAUUGCACGCAUAUGUUUUUAAGCUGCUUAAAGUCAAAGUACCCCUUAUUUGUCUCGGCACAGAGGGUGUCUCGCCACGCAGGGAGGCACGUUACGCAAAUCUUUGAAUGAAUGAGUUGCUAGAGUGGAAUUCUUUUCAUUUGCAUUCUACUACCUUAAUCUAGAAAUGGUGCAAUCCAACCAUCUCCCUUCCCUUUACGUACAAUGAUCUUGCUUGCGAGAUGAUGCGAAUAAUACACAAUCAGAGCAACAUGUCAUACUACUGUGUUAUGUGGCUUAAAAAGUGUGCAG